CGAUACCCUUCGAAUCCCAAAGCUUAAAAGAACCAAAGAUCCAAUUUUCGUCCGUCGAAGACGCCGCGUUUGGAGAAAGCAAGAAAAAGAAAAUGAUACCUCAGCAAUGGGCUCCUGCUUGUGGAAGUCAAUGCACUGACAAAUACGCCGCUCUUACGCAAAUUCCUUGGAGAGUGUUUUGCAAAAAAGGGUGUAGCGCGGAUGGAGAGACAUGGGAAGAAUGUUUAUCGGAGUGUGAUGAGAUGUGCUAUAAGGAUCCUGUAUUAAAGGACCAGAAAUGGAGUGCUUACAUUGAUCGCUCCCCUGGAGCUACCAAUUACUCCCAGGAAUGCUUCAGUGCCUGCGUAGCUGGCUGUGGUUAUAAGUUUGAAAUAUGUAAAGAGAUUGUUGCGCAAGUCAGACCAAGGCCAUUGCUACUCAGUCCUCCUCCAGUGGUGAAACCGCCACCAGACUCUACACCUGAUGAACAGGCCGAAGAUGUACCAAGUACUUCAGCAUAGCAAGAGAUGAAACAUAAAGUUCGAUAUAAUCUUUAUUAGCUGAAUAGUCUGCUACGAGAGAUUCCUCAUGUUGCGGGCAUGCUAAUAUUGAUUGAUAAAGUCUUGUCUGGUGCUGUUUCGGCGAAUAAACUUCCUUUUUCUUCUGUAGUUUGCCACGUCAGUUUCUAACUUAUUUAACCCUUCAAAACAUUUCUGCUAAUUAAUAUGGGAAGGCGAUGUGCGACUACAAUUUUGUUAA